ACUGCGCGUUCAAGUUUCCAGUUUUGAGCACAUAGGUGCCUAAAAAUCAAACUCUAAAAGAUAAAUCUAAACAUCACAAGAAUCAAACAUCAAAAGAUGAAAAACCAUUUUACAAAAAAUAAAAAGGAAAAUAAAAAAUUAAAUUAAAAGUUAAAAUUUAAUAAACACAAAAUUUUAAAAUAAGAAUGCAAGCAAAAAAUUAAAAAUUAAAAAUUAAAAUUUUGUAAAAAAAUUUACUAAAAUUGAAAAAUGAAAACAUGAAAAUUGAAAUGUAGAAAAUUUAAUGGCCGGACCAUCCACUGACCCUACAACCCCUAGCUACAAGCUAAUGACUCACUUGCACGUUUGGUUCCAAGGAGCACGUGAGCCAUUGUCCCAUUGUUCCUCUCCCACGUGCACGCGGUCUGUAACAAUAUCUCUUUGCAUUGCAAUGGCGUCAUCAACAGGCGACACAACAAGCCAUCAAAUCAGCAACGUUGACCUUCCUCUCUUGCCCAGACUCGUCGAACCGAUUGCAGUUACACUGAAAAAGAGUUGUGAGGAUGAGAGCUGGGGCUUUGUUCUGCGAGGAUAUCACACAAAGUUUCCUGAUGGAAGUCAAUCACAUGCUGCUCUGGUGGCAGAUGUCAUGGAUCAGAGUCCGUCUGCAGAGGCUGGACUUGCAGACAAUGAUCAGAUCGUUGCUGUGGAUGGAGAGAGUGUGAAGAUGAUGGAGCACAAGCAGGUGGUGGAAAUGUUUAGAGGAAAGAAGGAGGUGGAAUUGCUGAUUUUAUCGGAGGAUGACAGAGUGAAUAUUACCGUGCAAGUUCUGCCUUUGACUGUGCAAAUGUUAGAUUGUCUAUGGGCUCUAUCACAGACUCUACAGUUUCUCUUCAUCUGGCACAUCGACAUGUCCGACCCUGACAACACCUUCGACGUCAGUGGCCUAUCAAAACUCAAAGAACUAGCCAUAAACCAUUGCAAACUCAGCACCCUAGAACACAUACACGGACUACCAUCCCUACACUCUCUCACAUCUCUAAGUCUUGAUCACAACAACCUACCAAGCGACGCCCUAUCAAGCGACUCGUCUCUGGUCUCGAUGAUCCAACUCACCAAACUGUCAGUCAACCACAACAAACUCUCAUCGUUUCCCUCCUGUCUGCUGCUGCUCACUAACCUCACAAAACUGUCUCUCUCGUUUAAUCACAUCACAGCAAUUCCACCUCUAAUUCCAACACUCGUCGGUCUCAAGCAAUUGAGUUUGGAUUCAAACAGGAUUAUCGAUUUAGAACCCGAAGUGCUACAACUGCCGCAUUUGAGAUCUCUGACCAUAUCGGAUAAUUUGAUAGAGAACGAGCCGGAAGGUUUGGUCACGUGUCAACUGGAUGUGUUAAGAGUAGAGGGUAAUCCGUAUGUCUCGCAAAUGGGCAUGAUGGCAGGACGAUCGCACAGAAGGAUACAACGAACGAUUAGUGUGACUGGACCCACACCAGUAAGCCAUACAAUCAACCCGAAAAUUGUAAUAUAGUUUGUCAAAUAUCAAAUUUAUUGAGCCACGCCUAGUCACGUGACUAUAAUCACGUGAUACAAUACAAUCACGUGAUACAUUAUGGUCACGUGAUGAAUUCAGUCUAAUGUGUCAGUCACAUUGUUUCAGUCUGCCUUUACACUGAAGGCUGCUAGAAUGCUUGCAAACACAACUGACGGAUUUUUC